CCGCUUGCACUUUAUUUUUGUUUUUCUUUUCUUGCCAAAGCGCGAACACGUAUGCGCGUCUUCUUUCGAGUGCAAACAGUGCAAUAGAAACGGGAUGGACCUUUUUGCCUCCUGCUAACCUCCUGCCGAAAAACACCCGCUCCGUUCUGUUGGCGGCGCAACACCAAGGUUACGGCAGGUACGUUUUCUGGUACUUGCGCGUUUGCAAGCUCGUGACCGAGCGUGACACGAUCCGUAAAGCAUUAACCCAAAGGUGAUCCGCAUGACCGUUGCUUGGAGUUGGUGUUUCUUUUUUGCAUUUUUGCUCAGGUGACUCAUAACUUUUCCGCGAAAGAUCCGACGAUUGUCACACCGCCGUUGACACGCGCCAGUGUGUGUCCUGUGAUCGUUUCGGUACGUAGAGCCGCCGAAUAUUCCUGGCGAAUAAUUCCCAGUAGAAGGAAUGACCGCCACGAGCGGCAUAGCCGGCAGCAGUCCGCUGCCCAAAUGGCAAAUCGCCCUGGUGGUCGGGGCACCGGUCGCCCUAGGUCUCGGAUACAUGUACUACAGGAACAAGCACGGCAACGUGACAGGAUCCGACAAGUCGAAUCGCAACAAAUUUGUCAGAAGCAACGCGACGACCAAAGAAAACGACACGCCCGCUGAUAAACAGAUCUCGAUAGAUGGUGAUUGUCCGUCUAAAGUGCCUUGUCCUGAGCCAGAGUCUCCUUUACAAAAGGCUCAAAACUACAAGAAUAAAGGAAACGAACACUUCAAAGUAGGGAGAUAUGAAAAAGCUAUAGAACAAUAUAAUAAAGCAAUUGAGGUUUGCCCGAUGGAGGAUGCACAGGAUCUAGCAACUUUUUAUCAAAAUAGAGCAGCUGCAUAUGAUCAAUUGAAAGAAUACACCGCUGUUAAGGAAGAUUGUUCAAAAGCACUAGAAUUAAAUCCUAAAUAUGUUAAGGCUUUGUUGCGCAGAGCACGUACUUUGGAAGAAUUGAAAGACUUAGAAGCUGCCUUAGAAGAUAUCACUGCUGCGUGUCUUUUUGAAGGAUUUAACAAUCCGUCAAAUCUAGCGAUGGCGGAUAGAAUUUUGGAUAAACUCGGUAAACAACAUGCUGAGGAACAUAUGGCAAAAAAGAAAUUUGUAACACCAAGUAAAUACAUCAUUAAGGCUUACAUUAUAUCUUUCCCUAGCGAUCCGGUAUUUACUAGACUUCAACAUUCAGAAAAUACCCCUGAAUUUUUAAAAAAAUUACUGGACGCGUUGAGAGACGAAGACUAUGACAAUAUAAUACCCAUUUGUACAGAAAUUAUCGAAAGUCCCGAUUUUAACACGUUACCUACGUCUAAACUGGAAGUGUUACUUUUGAGAGGCACAUUUUACGUUCUCGUGGGUAAGCGCGACGCUGCCCUGGAAGAUUUCACGAGGAUAUUGAAUAGCGAGGAUGCGUCUGACAAUGUGAAAGUGAACGCAUUGAUAAAGAAGGCGACCUUGCACAUGCAAUUCGACACUCCCGAAAUGAGUUUUAAUGAUUUUAGCCAAGCUAUUAAUAUUGAUCCGAAUUGCGCUGAAAUCUAUCAUCACAGAGGACAGAUGAGUAUGCUCAUGAACAAAAUAGACGACGCUAAGAGCGACUUUAAGAAUGCGCUUCGUCUAAAUCCCGACUACGGUGUGGCCUUUGUGCAGAAGUGUUACACGGAUUAUCGUUACGCGAUCGCCAACAGGGAUGGAGAAUUGCUCGAUGCAGCUAUGAAACAAUUUCGAUCGGGUUUCGAAAAGUUUCCGGAUAUCGCUGAAUGUUACAUGCUGUAUGCUGAGAUGAUGACCGAAACUCAGCAGUACGAUCAGGCAGAUAUAUAUUUUGCUAAAGCAUUAGAGAAGGAUCCAAAAAAUGCGACUUUCUACGUGCACAGAGGCUUGUUGCAGUUGCAACUGAACGGCAAUAUCAACAAAGCCGUGGAAUACAUACAGAAAGCGAUAGAAGUGGAUAAGAAAUGCGAGCUCGCGUACGAGUCACUGGGAAGUAUUGAAGUGCAAAGAGGAAACAUAGAAGAAGCAAUAAGGUUGUUCGAGAAGGCUUUGGACUUGUGUCGCACGCCAGUCGAGCUCACGCAUGUGUAUAGCUUGAGAGACGCCGCAAAAAUGCAGCUGAAAAUAAGAAGCAGAAUUGGUGCGGAUGGCAUUCCGUCGGCAGAUUUUCAAAAUUCAUGUUCUAAACUAUCGAAAAAUUAAUAAAACGAGAAACAAG